AUGCCGCGGCGCGCGCAGAUCGAGCUAUACCGGCGAAAUUUUACACACGAGGUCGAACGAGGUGAAAAAUUUUGUUUCGCCGAAGACAAUCUGGAAGCAAAUCUGCACCAUUCUCCAUCGAGUCUUGGGGGUCUUUGGUGACAUCCAGGUCAGUCUUUGACUUUGAGAGUAAACGUCAGUCUUCAUUUCAUUGUCAGCACUUAGAGUGUCCACAAUCACAAGAGGCCAAAUCCUCAUUCUUUGUAAUCUUGACUUAACGAUGGCCAGUGAAGGUGGAGAUGCAGUCAAGACAGACUUUGCCCCGGCGUCUCCUGGCCCGGACAGUAAACCCGCCAAUGGGCAACCUGUCUCAGACUCGGAUCUAGUCCGACUCAAGCCUAAGAUAUCUUUGUUCAAUGGUGUCACCAUCAUUGUCGGGAUCAUCAUAGGCUCCGGUAUUUUCAUCUCGCCUCAGAUUGUCUUAGGCUUCACUAAAUCAGUCGGGCUGUCGUUGCUUGUUUGGUCAGCAUGCGGCGUUUUCUCCAUGAUUGGUGCAUUGUGCUACGGAGAGCUUGGCACAAUGAUCACCAUGUCUGGUGGCGACUAUGCCUACAUUCUCGUCGCCUUUGGCGGCCUGCCAGCUUUCCUACUUCUCUGGGUCACCGUGGUGAUAAUCCGACCUACGGCCCAGGCGGUGGUUGCCAUGACAUUUGCUAAUUACAUCUUGCAGCCGUUUUUCACAUCUGAAGAUUGCCCUCCGCCAACGUCUGCUGUUAAGCUGCUGGCUUGCUGCUGUGUCUUGAUCUUGACCUUUGUGAACUGCCUUAGCGUUAAGGCAGCAACCCGUGUCCAAGAUGUCUUCACUGCUUCCAAGGUGAUCGCCCUCCUCCUUAUCAUCGUCGCUGGCCUGGUCCACCUCUUCCUUGGUAACACCGAGAACUUUGAGAACUCCUUUGAAGGUUCUACCACAAGUGUUGGAGACAUUGUGCUUGCCCUUUACUCUGGCCUGUUUGCCUACGGAGGAUGGAAUUACCUGAACUUUGUUACAGAAGAGUUGGUCAAUCCGUACAGAAACCUUCCCCGUGCUAUUGUCAUCUCUGUUCCUUUGGUGAUCGUUGUUUACGUCCUGGCCAACGUGGCAUAUUUUUCUGCUAUGUCAACAGCAGAACUAACAGCCUCCAAAGCUGUAGCUGUGACCUUUGGUUUCAAGCUUCUUGGUCCCAUGGCCUGGAUCAUGCCUGUCGCUGUUGCCUUGUCGACCUUCGGUGGGGUCAAUGGCCUUCUGUUGACUGGAUCUCGGAUAUACUUUGUGGGUGCUCGUAAUGGCCACCUCCCCGAGGCUUUAGCUAUGAUCAGCGUCCGCUGGAAGACACCCAUGCCUUCCCUUAUCCUCACUUGCUGUCUGACCCUGCUGUACAUGCCUGCGCAGAACAUCAUUCAGUUGAUUAACUACUUCAGCUUUGUCACCUGGCUGGCGACCGGUAGCGCCAUCGCUGGGCAGCUGUUCCUUCGCUGGAAACGACCAGAAAUGGCUAGGCCUGUCAAGGUUCCCAUUGCCUUGCCUAUCAUCUUCUUGAUCAUGUGUCUGUUCCUGGUCAUCAUGGGUUUUGUAGCUGCACCGAUUGACUGCCUGAUUGGCUCCGCCAUCAUCUGCACAGGGUUCCCUGUCUAUUUCUUUGGAGUCUACUGGACCAGCAAGCCGGACUGGCUCGUCAACUUUAUACAUAAUGCCACCUACAAGAUGCAGAAAUUCCUUGUCGUUGUUGCUGAGGAAAAGAAACUGGAUUAACUUACCUUAUCAUGGGCGUCGCCAGGAUUUUUCAGGGGAGGGUCAAAGCACAUAUUUCCCCCCAAAUCAUUGUACUUUCUCGAGCAUAUUCUCAAUUUCUCAUUUUUCAAGGGUGGGCGGGGGAUAUCUACCCAUAAGCACCCGACCCCUAUUUACACCCAUGCAUAUGCCCAUUUUGUUAAAUGUGUAUUAAAUAAAUAGUAAAUAUGGCUUCAAACCUCUUUUUCGUUUCUUUUCUUUUUCUUUUUUUUUCUUCCUUUGUUGUUGACAUUUUUUCGGCUCUUGUGGAGGGGCGAGGGGCAAGCGCCCCCUUGCCCCAUCCUGGCGACGCUCAUGCGGGAAAUGGUUGAUUUUGGUGAUUAAAAAACCCAGAAUGAAAUGUUGCGAUUUAUUGGUGCAUUGUCUCUUUAAUAGAAAAAUGUUGCAUUUCAAAGGCAAGUAGGGCGCUGGGAAGUGGAGGCUGUUUAAACCAUCAUAACAUGUCUUAGAUUCUUAGGUACAAAAAUAUCAACUGAACUUCAGGACUGGGUCAAGGACUUACAAAUUCCAGUUUGUAUACGUUUGUCUAUGGUGUAAAUUGAGGACACAUGUGCAACAUCAUCGAUGAAUUGAGGAAAGGAACCAAAUCGAGAGUUGUUGCAAACAAGUUUGAGUUUAAACAAAGGAAAAGGGAGGAGGAACAAUAGAAAAUACUCAAUUUACACCAUAAAGAAACGUGGGUGUGCGUGUGUGGACUUCUGAACACAAGAUGUCCACAUAAACCAGGUAGCAGCGACGUUGUGUGGAUUUGCCCAGGUCCACACGGUGUUUCCCCCCCUCUGGAGUUUUGCAGAGGUUAUUCUUAACUACUAUUUUACCUUCUAUUAUUCCUUGUCUAUUUCUCUGCAAUGUAUGGAAAUAAAUGUCUAUUAAAUUGAAAAAUUGAACUAUACGACAACAAAGGAAUGUCCACACUAGGUAUGUAACAUAAACAUGUAUACUGUGUGUGUUCCAUUUGGUUAACUGUAAUAGUGCUGUCAUAUGAAAAGUAAGACUUAAUUCUCAACCAAACUUGCUGACAAUAAUCUUUGGGUAGGAGACUUCAGAUGAAUUAAGAUAUUUGAGGUCAAAGGCCAUCUAGGGUCAAAUGAGGUCAUUGUUGGUUUUGGUAAGGUACACUAAAAAUUGUGCUUACUAACUGACUAUAAACACUGCUAGCAUGCCAGGGUGAUCGCGCAGAUUUAACUUGCCGUACUUCGUUUUUAUAAAUGAUCUCAGGCCUGUGAUGAACUUGUUAGUAGCAAUUUUGGUUUGGAUUGUGUUCAUUUUUUGAGUUGCGUUGAGCAUUUUUUAAUUUAUUUCUUUCUCUGUAGGGUAGUUUGGUUACCAAGUUAAGUGGAGUUAACUUCAAGUUAUAAGGUGUCCGAUUCAACUUUCAUGUUGUUGGGAUAUGAGUGGGGUAUACGACGAUGUAAUUCCAGUGCUGUGCAACAUUUCUUAGGUUCUCUGUGUAGGAACUUAGUUAAGAAGGCAGUCUUUUCUGUAGACACAAAAACCGAGAAGGACAUGUCAUUUGUCAUGGAGAGUAUAUCACUCAUGGUUAAGGGUGCUUUAUUACACUAGCAUUUUUGUGUUUAUGUUCAACAUUUUGUUUAUUAUGCAGAACAUCAAAAAUUACGGAACACUAAACAGUACCGGUAAUAAGCUGUUGAUUUUAUGUUCAUUUUAGAAAAUCAUGGAUUUUGUUAUUGGAAAUUUUGCAGCUGCGUGGAAGGAAAGGUGGUUUCUAAACUACUUUGAUCCUUGAACUUGGAAAAAUUUUUUUUGAAAAUAAUAUCAAAAUUUAAUAUUAAAAUCAGAUUUAAUCUACCACGCCAAUGACACACAAAAAAGUGUUCUCUUAUCCUUUUUUUUAAGAUUCAGAUUUUAAAGGUUAUUAUUGUUUGUUUUACUCGCGUUUUUUUAAAUUUUGGGAAGUGUCAUCUUUAAGAUUGUUUCGACGAGCUUCUGGAAUUAACUUUAAAGUGAAGGUAUUUUGAAAUUGAAAUAUUUUUUUUCAUGGAUUUUGUUUUGUUUUCGUGGUGUAGGGAUCGGGAAAUAUGUCUACUGUUUAUUUUUAGUCAUUUUGUAACAUUAAAAAAGUGCAUUAUGGAUGUACACUAGUUCCAUAGUACAUGUAACAGUAUGUGUUUUUCCCAAGCAAUAAUGUAUACUUGAAUGGUGCGUUAUAAGUGAAAGCAAAAAAAAAAAAAAAAAA